CGAACCAUCCGGCUGUUUUGACUAAGCAGCAUAUAAGAGCAAGAAAAACAGAAGCAGCCUACACAAUUGAAUAGCUCAUCACUAAUAUUUUUCAUUAUCGAAAUAUAUUAAGAUAUACAUACCAUAUUCAUCCUUUUCAUUAGUUUCAGAAUCAGUUAACUUGCCAAGGGAAACAGAGAUGACAAGGGGUAUACUAGAAGUGUUGCUUGUGGAUGCUUGUUUACUCAAAGACACCGAUCUCGUUGGUAAAAUGGAUCCGUAUGUGGUAAUUAAGUUUGGUGAUCAGAAGCGUAAGAGCACUGUUUCCCGAACAGGACAAGGAAAAACACCAGUGUGGAACGAAAAGCUCAAACUUGAUGUGGAGUAUGCUGGUAAUAUCAGAGAUGAACAUCCUCAAUAUAAACUCAGUUUCAAGAUCAUGGAUAAAGAUAGGUUCAGCAAGAAUGAUUUUGUCGGUGAAUUGACGAUCUAUGUUGACGAUCUUUUGGCACAAGGAAUGGUGAAUGGAAAGGCUGAAAUACCCCCUUGCAACUACAGCGUUGUUGGCUCUAACCAAUCCGACAACGGAGGGAUCCGAGUCGGCCUAGCGUUCACCCCUAAUCAGGUAGAUGAAUAUGGAAACGAGGAGGAUAAAUCUGAGGAAAAGAAACACCGCUUUCACCUGCAUCAUAAGAAUGACGGGGAGAAAAAAUCCGGUGGAUGGAAAAAUGCCUUCAAACACCAUAAUAAGAAUGAUGGUGAGGCGGAGGAGGAGGCGGAAAGGGAGGGAGCGGAAUCGGAGUCAGUUUCAGAGUCGGAUCAGGAGGAGGAGGCUGAAGAGGCAGGAGAGGAAGGGGAGGAGGAGGGGAACGUGUUUGAAAAGCUUGGAGCUUUAUUAGAAUCUCUGGGUGGCUUAUGAGUGGUUUAGUUCUUUAUUAAUUUUCUAUUCCGCUAGUCCACUUUUCGAUUUCCCCAACUGAAAAAAAAUAUUCAGUGCUCUAUUCCAUUUAUUGAUUAUCGAUUUUAUUUCCAAAAUACUUUACCCCCGAGUGAGAAAUCUCCGAAUACAUACCGGAAAUAUUAAGGGAAUUUGGUACCACAUACUUCAAUGAUAGAGGGACCGACCUAACUAUCAUUGGAUCUCUACUGAGAAUAAAUUCCAGGAGAGUCGGCAUGAGAGUAAAGUUGUUAUCGACUUUUGUUAUCUUGUAUUUUAUUUUAUUUAUUUUUGUAAACUUAGAGAAAUGUGUCGAGCAGGUGCAAAAUUUGAAGCCACACAUAGCUCAAAGUUAGAAUCAUGGUUGUUGUUUAUGUAAAAAGCUUGGAGCUUUUUAAUAUAAGCUCUUUUAUGUAAAAAUAGCUUAUAUUAAUCAAAAAAUAUAGUAGUACAAAAGA